AUGGCAAUUUCUCUCUUCUAUUUGGUCCGCCUUUUUCCCGAUGGCGUCGGGAUUCGCGAGCGGAUCCAAUCAAUGAGUUGGCUCGGCAUAAACGCGUCGACACCAGUGGCCCCUGUAUUGGGUGCCCCACCGAUAGCACCCGUACUAGAGUUGGUCUCAAUAAUGGGAGCGUUCGGUGCGUUCAAUAUCUCAUUCAAGAGACUCAAGUCAUCCAUUUUUGUAUCACUUAGAGUCAAAAUAUCAGUGUUUUGUUGCGCUUCCGAUGUCUUUAAACUAUUUUUCAAACUAUUGUCUCCUUUGGAAUCGAAGUUGAGAUCAAGUAAUGAAUUGUUUGCUUUGGAAUCAAUGCUCUUUUGGGGAACAGCUUUUGUCGUCGUCCCUAUAAUCGGCCUCAAAGAAAAUAAGCCGAUCCUUGUCUUCGUCGUCAUCGUUGUCGUCAAAGAUCUUCCGAAUGUCAUCGUUAUUAGCGGUGUCUUCGGCCAACUUUCUGCUCGUUUCGGUCAACUCCUUAAGUGUCGUGAAUUCGUAAUAUUGGUAUCCCUUGAAAGUGUCGGCGACGGCGGCCAUCGUUUUGGACGACUUUUCCCAGAACUGAACCGAAGAGUUCUGAUAACCGACCAAAGCGUUGGAAUACAUAUUACAACGCGAGGCCGACAACAGAUCAAUCUUCUGGAGAAAAUGUCGGACAAAUCGUUUAGGCUUUUUUGCACUCUAUUAACAGCUGAUAAACUAGAAACCGUGGUGAAAGCCGUGUUAACGGUUGAGAAACUGACGAAAAGGGAAAGCAGCAUGAGAGCUUUCUGGGCAGCCAAAGCACAUUACGUUUGGUUUGAUUUCAAAACUCGUUGUAAAACACAAACAAAUGAUACCACUUUCGGCACAAUUGCCAACUCUUUGACUGCUUUUCCCUUUCGUCGUACUCUCGAAAGACCCGUCGGUUUCGACAUUACGUUUGUGGCGGAAGAAGCGUAUGAGGAGAUUGAAGCGGAAGAGAAGGAAGAUGAGGGAGAGGUCCAAAUAGACGGCACCCGAAGACAUCAGCGGAUCAAUUGGCAAAGCGACCACUGAUGGCAACGUUAGACCGCAUUCAUAAAUCUCAUCUUUUAAUGACAAACACUUUGUUUAAUAUGACUCGUGUUUCGAUAUCAUGUGAUUUGUAUGCAUCGCCUAAUGUUGUAAUGAAUUUAAACCUUAAAUACUUUGUAAUGAUUUAAUAAAAAACAUUUAAAGUGUUCCUAAAAAA